GCAGGUUUCAGUUGUUUUACAGAAGUGAAAUAAAUUUCAGAGCAACCUAUUCAACACAAAGGUUCAGAGGAGGAAAUAUAAAUAUUGUUUUAGCUGUGAAAAUGGUGAAAGAUGGCGACUGUUGACGAACUGCUUCUGAAGUCACUGGAGGACUUGGUCAAAGAUGAUCUUAAGAAGUUUCAGUGGCACUUAAAGAAACAUAAGUGCAUAUCAUCGUCUGAAAUGGAGGAUGCAGAUCAGUUAAAAACAGUGGAUAAGCUGGUAACGUGUUUUGGACCAGAAGAAGCUGUGAAGAUCACGGUCGGCAUCCUGAGGAAGAUCAGCAAGAAUGAUCUGGCUGAACAGCUGGAGAAAGAACACAAGCAAGGCUCUGCUGCAGAGGACAAUAAAGCUAUUCAUAAUGAUUACACAAAGAUCUUGAAGGACAAGUUAAAACAGCAAUGUGAGCGGAUAUUGGUUGGUAAUUCACAGACGGGUCAUAAUAAAUACCUGGACGAUAUUUACUCUGAUUUAUAUGUGGUGGAGAAUCAGACUGGAGGAAGAACGAAUGAACACGAGGUGAGACAGAUCGAAUCAAAUCACAACAGACUGACUGCCAAGGACACGCCGAUCCAGUUUAAAGACAUGUUCAAAGACCAUAUGGGUCGACAAAACAGAAAAGUGUUGACAGUGGGGAUUGCAGGAGUGGGGAAAACUGUCUCUGUCAAUAAAUUCAUCCUUGACUGGGCUAAAGGAAAAGAAAAUCAAGAUACAGUCUUCAUUUUUCCACUCCCAUUCCGUGAACUGAAUUUGAUUAAAGAGGAGUACAGUCUCAUGGGAUUGCUUAACACAUACUGCUUUAGUGGCUUUAAAGGGCUGACAUCUCUUCCUGAAGAUGGCAAUAAGGUCAUGUUCAUUUUUGAUGGGCUGGAUGAAUGUCGCUUCCCUCUGAGCUUUGAAGAGGGUGACAGCUUUACAGAUGUUAAUAAGAAAACAACAGUGAGUAAGAUAGUUACAGCCCUAAUCAAGAGACAUCUGGUUCCCUCUGCUCUCAUCUGGAUCACAUCCAGACCAGCAGCAGCCAGUCUGAUACCCCGAGAAUACAUUGACCAGGUGACAGAGGUACGAGGAUUCAAUGAUGAGCAGAAAGAGGAGUACUUCAUCAGAAACAGCAGUCCUGAGGUUGCUGAAAACAUCAUCCGUCACAUCAGAAAAUUCAGAAGUCUGUACAUCAUGUGUCACAUCCCGAUCUUCUGCUGGAUCUCUCUCACUAUUCUUCAGCCUCUACUGGUUCAAGAGAGCAAUGACAAAACACCUACAACCCUCACAGGGAUGUACAUAAACUUUUUACUUUCUCAGAAACAGCAGAUGAAAAUAAAAUAUUGCAAGGAUCCUAAAACUAAGGCUGAAGUCAUGCCUUUUGAUGAUAUUAUUCUGAAGCUUGGGAAACUGGCCUUUAAACAACUACAGAAAGGUAAUCUGAUUUUCUACAAAGAAGAUCUUGAGGAGUGUGGACUAAAUGUCAAUGAGGGUUCUGUGUACUCUGGGUUAUGCACCCGGAUGUUUCAGGAGGAAAAAUCUAUGUCAGAGAGAAACGUUUACAGCUUCAUACAUCUCAGCAUCCAGGAAUUACUUGCUGCUCUCUAUGUGUUUUUCAUUAACAAAAACAAGAAAGCAAACCCAUUUCUCGAAUCCUGGAAAAAACUGUCAUGUAUCCUGUCCACAAAGCCACUGUUUGAUCUUCAUAAAGCUGCAGUCAAUGAGGCUUUACAAAGUAAGAAUGGACACCUGGACCUCUUCCUCCGAUUCCUCCUGGGUCUUUCAGUGGAGUCCAAUCAGAGAGACCUGAAGGAACUACUGCCAGGAUUGGAGCUCAAAACAGAGGACACCAAAGACACUGCUGACUAUAUCAAAAAGAAAAUAGAGAUGGAGCAAUCAACAGAGAGGACCAUCAAUCUAUUUUACUGUCUGAAUGAACUGAAAGAUGACUUUGUGGAGGAAAUCGAGAAGAAUCUGGGCUCUGGAAAACUUUCGGAGCAGAAUCUCUCUUCUGCUCAGUGGUCGGGUCUGGUGUUUGUGCUCCUCAUGUCAGAAGAGACUCAAGAGAAGUUUGAACUGAAGAAAUACAGAAGAUCUGAUGAAGCACUGAUGAGACUGCUGCCAGUAAUCAAAAACACCAGAAGAGCACUGCUACAGUGCUGUGAUCUCACUGCUCAGUCUUGUGAGAGUUUGUCUUCAACUCUACAGUCGUCAAACUCCUUUCUGAGAGAACUGGACCUGAGUAACAAUGACCUGCUGGAUUCUGGAGUGAAGCUUCUUUCUGAUGGACUGAAGACCCCAAACUGUCAGCUGGAGAUUCUGAGGCUGUCUGGCUGUAUGGUGACAGAGGAGGGAUGCUGUUAUAUGUCUUCAGCUCUGACUGCACAGCCCUCACCCUUGAGAGAGCUGGAUCUAAGCUAUAAUCACCCUGGAGAUUCAGGAGUCAAACUGCUCUCUGAAAAACUGGAAAAAUUCAAUGUGGAUCAUGCAGGAGAAACAAGGAUUACAGCAGGACUAAAGAAAUGGGUCUGUUUUCUCACACUGGAUCCAAACACAGCAAACACUGAACUCAUUCUGUCUGAGGAAAACAGAAAGGUGACAGUGACACAGACGAGCUCACUGCCAGCCGCCUGGGAUGUGGAGGGGCAGCUGCCAUCCGUGAGGGAGCGGAGGAGUCACCGUCAUUCGCCUGGAGGCCGGAGCCUGCUGCCGUUCGCCAUGAUGCGGAGGAGCAGGGAACGGGGAACUCCUGCCGGCUGCCCAAGAAUGGAAGAUUGUCAUGCCAUCCACCGUGGGCCGUCCACUGCCACCGCCAGGCACCCAGCUGGUGGAGGGCCGAGCGGCAGUGCGUUUGGGAACCGUAACUAAUUUUUCUUUCUUUCUCCUCUCUCCCCUCUCUCGUCUCUGUCGCUCUUAAUCCUUCUAUCUCCUUUUCUCUUGCCUCGUCUGUCCUACCCCCUGGUUCCACAAUGAGCGGUUCCGCCCCGGAGGGAGAGGGGGGUAGAGCGCAGUCUCGUGGGUGCCCCCAGCCUGCGAGGGGCGAUGGGGGUAUGUGACGAGUGGGGCGGGGCUGAGAGCCAUGGGAACGGAGCGAGGCCAAUGAAGUGAUUGCAAAUUAGCGACAACUGCGACUCUAACCGGUUUCUCGUCCCAUGGAGGAGAUUGGAAGGAUAUAAAAUGGGAGAGACGACAGUGAAGGACAGGGCCUUGAUUUUAGUUGUGUUUUGAUUUUGUUUGUGCGCAGUAGUCGUCCAUGAGGGGCUGCCGCGCUGUUUUGUCUUUAUUUUAUUAUUAAAACUUUUUGAUUGUCUGCCAGUUCCCGCUCCCUUCUUCCCACAAAAGAAAAGUGUUACAGUUGUUAUUUUGGUCUUGUUAAAAUAAUAAUAUGAGCUGCGAGUAAAUAAUGAAUAUAAAGAGUUAGGCUGCUGUGAGUGCAAGCAUGAAACACAAAAACAAAGUGAUGGAUACACUGGAUACGAUCCCCAUCAGUGAACUGAUGCUCGUUCUGUUUAUCUUUCAGAUGAUUUGACACUUUAGUAUGAUGUCAUCAAGUUUAGACACACUUUUAGCGCAGCGGAGCACGCAGACAACUCUCGUGUCCGCUGUAGACACAGACAGUGUCUGCUCUAUUUACAAAUAAGUUAUAUAAGAUCAAAAAAAUAAAAACUAAACCAGCGGCAUAAUGAGAUGGAAAUAUAGACUAGAAAAUAUAUAUACACUUGUCCUCCGUCCAUGACACUGACUCACUGCGGAACUGGCAGUUUUAAUCUGAACAGCUCUUAACGCUGAGUGGAUGGUUCGAUGCAUGAUUGGCUAGUAUUAACAAAAAAAAUAAUAUAUAUAUAUUUUAUCAUCUUGUCUCAGUUGUAAAUUUGACUGGUAAAUGAAUUUUUAAGAACUAUAUUAAAACUUGUUUUUGAAAAAUGUCUUUGUCUUUUGAUUAUUGAUUUUAAGAAGGGGAUUUUUUUUUAGGCCAGAUCGGCCAGCCCUGAAAGCAAGUAAAAAAGGCUCCCUUUAAAAUCAGUGAAGUUGUCAAUUAAUUAAGCUCUUUUUUCAUUGUGUGCAUUUUGUUGAUUAUAAUGAGAGAACUUGAGUUUCAUCGUGAGGACGUUUUAUUAAUCAGUCCAUUCUUUUCAAAUGUUUCAAAUAUUUUUCAGAAUUUCAAAGGUUUAGCUAAAUCGUGAAAGUUUAAUUUAUUUGUUUCUUGUUUUUGGCUAAUUAGGCCUAAA